CCACCCCCCAGGCUCUCUCCCACUGUACGCAAACGCUUCCCACCCUCCACUCCUUCGCGUCGAUCUCCCCGGAAGAAUCGUAAAUUACAGAUAGGUCCUCGGAUCGAGCGGGCUGAGAUAUUCGAGGGGGUUUGCUGCAAUUUGUUGUGUUCGUCGGCGGCGAGCGAGAGAGAGAGAGAUGGGGAUCUCCAGCAUGCCGGCGCCGAAGGAUAGCCUCGUGCUGUACGUGCUGUACAACGCGGUGGUGUCGGUGGCGGCGCUGGCCGGCGUGGUGCGGGCGGCGCUGGUGUUCCUGGGGCUCCCCACGCCGCCGUCGCUGCUGCUGCUGCUCGGCGGCGAGGAAGGGGGGGAGGACGCGGCCGUGGCCGUGUCGGUCUCCGCGGCGGCGGCGGCGGCGGGGCCCAGCCUGGCGGACACGUUCAGGGCGAGGUUCCGACCGGCGCGGUUCGGCCACCGGCGCUGCGGCGGCGGCGCGACGGCGGACUGCCGCGUCUGCCUGGUGCGGUUCGAGGCGGAGGCGGUGGUGAACCGCCUCCCCUGCGGUCACAUCUUCCACCGCGCCUGCCUCGAGACAUGGCUUGACUACGACCACGCCACCUGCCCGCUCUGCCGCUCCCGCCUCCUCGCCGACUCCUCCUCGCCGCCGGCCGCCGCCGCCGCCUUGGCCCGGACUUAGCGAGUGGAUUCGAUUCGACUCGAUUCGAUUCUCCGACGAGCCGCCCCGCGCCGGCUACGCGCCACCGUCUCCGGGUGGCCUCCCCGUGUGGGCGUAGGAAACUAGAGAGAGAGCUCUUUGCCUUUUUUGCACUUUCACCCCUCACUUUGUCCCUUUUUUUUCCGUUUCGGGCGGUUUGUGCCUGUACCGUGUAAAUACCUCGCAGCAAGAGAGUGCUCCUACGGGUGUAGCACUUUUUGUGAGCUUUGUGUAUAAAACCUUCUCGGAAUAGCAACCAAAAAAAGAAAAAAUCGCAUUUACACUGUUAUUUAUUUA